AUGGCCCAAAUCUGCGUGACCAUGGAAGGAGAAGAUACAUUAGACGCCACUCAAGCCGACAUAACGAGCCCAGAAACGGCGCACAGACUCCCAGUGUUCUUCGUAUUACCGCGAGAACUAAGGGAUAUGGUUUAUAAUGAGUUAUGGAAGGUUUCUGCUCCGAUGACCCUAAUGGUGCUCAUAAAAGAGGCAACCCCCACCCACCACCUCGUCAUCCGCUACGAGGAUUGCGCAGCCAAACCCGCCAAUUCGUCCCGUUCGGAAUUGAAGCAAUGUCUACAUUCUGGCCUGCCCCAAUGGCUACUGUCAAACAAGGCAUUUCUUGACGAAGGGUUGAAUCAGCUCUUUCGGAAGGCUACAUGGAUGGUGAACAGUCAGCAGUGGCGCACACCAUGCAGCAAAGAGAUUGUUCGCAACACUAAAGCCGGAAUCAUCACCGCGAGGAGUUUGAUCAUCGUCAUAGACAUCACCAAUUCUGGGCUCGGCCUGGACGCUGUGCAGAAGAUCAAGCAUAAACUCAUAUUUCCUGGGACACGUUCUGCACACGCAGAGUUUAUGGGUACUCCGAUGCCGCACUUGACGAGUCUCCACAUCAAGCUAGAGUACUCCUGGAUUAUACACCUAGAUCACAAGUAUACCUUGGAUCUGAGCUGUAUCGAGACGAUCCUUCAUCUCAAGCGCUUCAGCAUCUCCAUCUCUAUGGAUCGAGACAUGGACUCCAAGUUGCUCCGACCUAUUAUCGACAAGGAAGCCUGUCGUCUCGGUUGCAGCUUCGUCGGAGUAGACCAUCAUCUCGAUAUUGAAGAGAAUGUGUGCGACUGGUCACCUGUCGAAGGUCUGGCUCCCCGCGCUGGAGUCUUCGUUGCGUGGACGUUCGUGAGGAACGAAAAAGGGUGA